AUAUGCAUAUUUGCAGAAAGAGGAGGGUGGUGGCUGGAGAAGUAACACCUCCUCACCUGGUUCACCUGCGGAACUCAUCGCAACAAGAGCAUCCUGUAGGGUCUUCCCCCCCCCCAUAUGUGGUGGAAGUAUAUAAAAGCUAAAGGCUUUGGGGAAAAGAUAGAUAAUGAGUUGAAGAAAAUGUUCCAAUUGUUCCCAAAAGUCCUGCAGCUUUUCUCCUAGGGGUAAUAGGGAGGGAGUUCCCAAAAAAAGAUGGUUAAACUAAUUAUGUCUGCAACAACAGCAGCCAGAAUCCUGUACAUUCAGAAAUGGAAAGGAGGAGAGGUACCAACUUCAGAAGUUAGGUAUAAGGUGGGAAUGAAAAUAUCCUGGAAUUAAGGGUGAGGAGUCAAUUUUUUAAGGAAAAACAUAUGUUGAAAUAUAAGUAAACUGGCCAAUCUGUGAAAAUCAAUUAAAAAUAUGUCUAAUAAUAAUAUUAAUAAAAAUGCUGUCCCCUCUCUUUCCCCCUAACUGUACCUUUCCCCGUUUAUUUGUCUGCUUCGUAACACAAGGAAAUAUUUAAUAACUAAUUUUUAAAAAGAGGAAAGUUAGCCAGACUAACUUGUGUAGGCGUUCCAUAAGGAGCGCUUAAGAGCAGCGGGGCGAGGAGAGAGUUGGCAAUGCUGCCCUCAUUGACCUCCCUUGACUCGGCUGGGCUAGGUGGCCAGGAGAAUCGGAAUGCGCUCUGGAACGAUCUAGAGCCAUCGGGGCUGUUCCGGAACGUUCCCUGGAAGCCAGAAUGCCCCAUUGUCUGAUGCUCUGGAGAUGCCAGGAAUGGGAGGAUGGGUUGGCGGACCCCAUGGCUGGCCUUGGUGGCGGUUCUGGUCCUGGGGCCAGGCCCCUCCUGGCUGUGCCUGCAGUGCGACCCAAAUUUUGCCCUCCGCUUCGCCUCCUACGCCCCCCACUUGAGCCGCAAGUCCUGGGGGCUGGGGGACGUCCCGGCUGCGGGGCGGAGGCUACGGGGCUGGGCCCAGGACACUCUGGAGGAACUGAACCUGGGUGUCCCGGCGGAGAUCCCAAUGGAGAAACUCCAGGCAAUAGCUACAGUCGUUUAUGGGAAACUGGACACCCUCUUCAAAGGCAACACUUACAAGCCAGGUGUCCUUCCGGAAAUCCUGCGUUCCAUUUUCGAGGAACAAGUCAAAUUGCUACGGAAUGCCAUCAUCGAAAGUAGAGUGAAGUGUGAACGCCAUUGUGGAAUAAAGCGAUACGAAGCCGUUUCUUGCGUGACGUGCAACGUCACCAAGCCAGCUUGCUUUGGAUAUAAUUGCGAGUCCUCUGAAGACUGGGAAGACGCUUUGAAGGGCCUCUACGAGUACAUAUACAGUUUGACAACGAACCCAGGCGAGUGGUCGAUGGCACUGAAGCAACUCCCGGGAUUUAGCCACUGCACAUCUACAAGACCAGAGAACCUGAACUUUACGAGUAUAGAGAGCACCCUCUCGAAAAACUGGCUCAACUUGAUGGCGUUGAAGGAGCUCGAGGGAGAGACCCCUGUUCUCCAGCUCCUCGCCCCGAUCUGCUGAAUUCUUUUCCUUUCCGCAAUGUUUUACGGAGAGCCCACUUUGAUGUACGGUAAUAAAAUUAUGGAUAGAGAGACUCCUGUAAUUGGAUGCCGUGAAGCCUGGUUGUAUUAGAAAGAUGGUCUCGCAAACUGCAGGUAACGAAAGACGGUCGAUUUUGAGGACAGGUAGACAUUCAUUCAUUGGUUUUACAAACAGCCAGGAACCUGGUUGAUCUCUCCCCAACUACAUAUGA